AUGGCUUUCUCUCGACAUUCACUUCGACGUGUUAUCGGUGAUAUGGUUCAUCGACAUAAUGGUAAAAAUGACACAAUAAACUCCGCGUCUAUUAACCGUCAGAAAAGCAAUAAUGGAUCAAGAGAUAAAAAGGAUCGAAAUUCUAUUAUUAGUAAUGGUUCCCUAACGUUAUCCCCAACAUGUUAUGAAAAACUACGUAAAAGUGAAAAUGAAAUAUGCAAAUCACUCAAUUAUCUUGAUCAAGUUUUAACACAUAAUAAACUUGAAAUUCUUCCAAAUAUUAUUACAUCAUUAAUUGAAAAUCUGUUCGAUAUUGAUAGUGUCUUAAAAGGAAUAUUUGAACGUGAACCAGAAUCCUUUAGAACACGUCUUCUAAGUGAUGUUUAUUCUCUCUUAGCUGAUUUAGUAGAUUGGUCCGAUACAUUACUAAUAUCAAAAACUAAUAUUACAAAAAUUCAAAUAAAUGAUGAUGAUAAAUAUAAAAAAAUUGCUUGUGAUCUUAUUCAAGCAGUUAAAAAUUGUGUUUCACAUGCAUGCGAUACAUCUUCAACACAAAGUACUGAAACACAUUCUGAUUCAGUUCCAAGUGUUCAAUCAGUUAAUAGUUCCAGUGAUGAUUUAACUCCAGCUUUACCUCCAAAACGAGAUAAGCGUCCUGUCAAUUCAUCAACUGCGAUCAUAUGUAAUCGAUCUCAAAAUAAUGGAAGUGAAAAUUCUCUCUUAUCAUCUUCAUCAUCCUCGAAUCAAACUAAACAAGAUAAAGAUAACGAUGAACGUAUACAAUUAAUCGUUGAUGAUAUUAAUCACAUUGUUGAAAAAUAUACACGUGAAUUAGAUGAUGCAUUACGAUCAAAAACAACAAGUCGCUCUUCAUCUAUUGAUUAUAUAUCAGAACCGAAUCGUUCAUCGACAUUACCAUCAUCUUAUCAUCAUAGUAGUGUGGAUACAUUAUAUGAAACACAUGUAUCAAAAAUAACGAAGAGUGUAGUAACUAAAACAACAGUCAAUAAUGGGCAUGGAAUGAUUGAUAAAAAAGAAUCAUCUCAAAUUUUUAAUGAAACAGAUUGCUCGAUUCAUUCAGCCGAAGGAGACGUUGUUAAAACACAAAAAUUUACAAUUAUUAAUCGACAAAAAUCAUUUGAUGAUGAUGAACAUAAAAAAACAAUAAUGACUACUCGUAUAGAUCAAUUUAAUACGUCUGAUAAUGAUAAAAUAACAAAUGAUCCACCGCCAUUACCACCCAAACGAAAGACAGCUCGAGCAUAUAUGUCCUUAUUUGAUCGAUAUGACCAAAAUGAAGCUGAACUGUUUCUUCGUGAUGCAUGUUUGAUUCCAUCACCACAAAGACGUUUUGAAGAUUUAUUUGAACAGCUUCGUCAACAUUUUCAGCGUAUGCAAAUACUUUCAAAUAGUGAUGAUUCAUUAAGAAUUAAAGGAGCAACAAUUAAAAAUAUUAAUAAAUCAAUUGAAUAUUCAAAAGAUAAUGAAGAAAUUAAUGAAUCCAAUCUGUAUGAUAAUGCAUUGAAACUCAAUUAUAAUAGUGAUAUUUUUCUGGAAAAUAUUUCUCAUUUACUUGUUUUUAAUCUGAAUGAAGAUCCUUCAUUACGUGGUGGCUCUGUUGAUGCAUUAAUUAUUCGAGCGACGUCGCCUGAUAAAAGGGAUUUUGUUUAUCAAGAAGCAUUUUUAACAACGUAUCGUACAUUUGUAUCUCCGAGUGAUUUAGUUGAUAAACUUGUUCAACGUUAUAUGUUUUUUUCUCAAUUUGAAACAAAAAAACGCAUAGCUCGAUAUGCAUUUUCGCUUCUUAUGCGCCUUAUCGAUGAAAUCGAUAAUGAAUUAACGGAAACGUUAAUGAAAUCUAUUUCCAACUUUGUGACAAAUCUAUUACGUCACGGUGAGCUGCAGUUGGGAAAAUUAUUGAGAAGAAAGUCUCUCGAGCGUUUUAAUAAAUCUGACAUUGCCAAUGAACAAUCACAACAAGAUAUCGUGCUAAUAAAAAGUUCUAUAUCAUCUAAACGAGCAACAUUACUUGAUUUUCAUUCAAUGGAAAUAAGUGAACAAUUAACAUUACUUGAUUCGGAAUUAUUUCUUAAAAUUCAAUUAUCAGAAAUUUUAUAUAUGUCUAUUGAAAAAGGUGAAGACUAUUCUCCAAAUUUAGCUGCAUUUACAGAACAUUUUAAUAACAUAUCUUAUUGGGUACGAUCUCGAAUACUUGAACAAAAUUCUCAACGACAACGUGAAGUUUAUUUUGAAAAAUUUCUAAAAAUAUUAAAACAUUUACGACGAUUAAGUAAUUUCAAUUCAUAUUUGGCUAUUCUCUCGGCUCUUGAUUGUGGUCCAUUGAAACGAUUGAAUUGGUCAAAGAAUAUCAUAGAUUCGAUAUCGGAGCACACCGGAAUUAUUGAUAGUACUGGUUCAUUUAAAAAUUAUCGCGAAGCUUUAAGUGCAUCCGUUGGUCAACCAUGUAUUCCUUAUAUUGGAUUGAUUUUGUCUGAUUUAACAUUUGUACAUAUUGGUAAUGUCGAUUAUUUACCAGAUGGUCGAACUGUUAAUUUUUGGAAGCGAUGGCAGCAAUUUACAAUCUUGCAUAAACUUCGCUAUUGUCGUAAAUGGGAAUAUAAAUUUACAAGAAACGAUCGUAUUUUGUAUUUUUUUAAUAAUUUCGAUGAUUACAUGAAUGAAGAUGCUCAAUGGAUACAAUCAGAAAAAAUCAAACCAAGACAAAAAACGAAUCCUUAUGCAUAA